AUGACGGAGAUUGUUGACGCGGAGCUGCUGAGCAGGGCGAAGAGUCUGCUGGAUGCUGACGGACGGAGAUUGGCAAAUAUAACUCAAUUUAGCCAAGCAGCUGUGCCGGUCAUUUCCUGUGGCGCUCUCUUUGUACAGGCGCCUGUUGGUUUCACAGGAUAUGGGCGAUGUUUUCUCGACAGUGGCUUCGUUCAGCGACGACUACGAGCGUACGCUCAGCGCUUGAUGACGCUAACGUCUGCUUGCGUUUUGCCUCAAAGGCUGACUCGCUUAAUUAACCAUUACUACGAACCGCAAACUGCACAUCUGCAAAUGUCGUCCUCCAACUUGCCGCGGCGAGAGGCUCGCCAGCAGUCUGCAAGCAUAGCGCAGCUCCAAAACAACGUGCGAAAAGUCGCAGAACUUGUCCGCAAGUUAAAACUGGCAAAAGUUCCCUUCUUCACCCGAGAGCAACUGCUCACCAAGUAUCGAAUUUUCGUGCAGAAACUCGACAUCGCGACCGGUGAACCCGGUACCCAAGGUCAGGCCUACAUCGAGCCUGUUAGACCAGAAAUCGUUCUCGAUUGGCUAAAAAAAUACGCGCCCGAGAAGUCGGCGGAUCGGCCAUAUUUUGACCUUGAUUUUACGGGCUACGACGUCACUGGGAUGAGUCUCGACUUCUAUCUCGGCGAAGCAAUGGAGCUCUGCAACCUACUACUUAACCACGUGAACUAUUCAAAGGACGAGAAGAUGGGCGUCAUGAUGGGCCAGGAAUCAAACUGGAAUAGAGCCGAAUUGCCUCGCAAUUUGAUCAAUUCGCAGAGCCUGCCUCACUCGGAUUGGGAGGCGAGAGAGCUUUUCCACCAAAUACACCCCACCCAGGAGAAGCUUGAUUUCGACUGCAUCACAGACUCUCAUCCUGCAUUUCCACAUUUGCAAUGCUGGCUAGCCGAUGAACUCCCUGUCAAGGACCGCCCGUGCUUGUCUCCGGCUGAGCUGAUCACGACCCUCGCUCUGGCAGUCGCAACUAUUAAAGACCCGAAGUACCACCAAGCAUCUGUUAUACCAAUUACAGUAUUCUCCUGCUCCGGUCGGAUGCUCCGCAUCGUUCAAGGUGCCAUCAACUUUCGCGACUUACACCUGGAUUUCCGUUGCAGCCCCGUGAUAGACUUCUCGGUUGGCGCACUGCGUUCAAAUGGCCCAAACGCACGUAAAGUCGCCGAGGUUCUCGGCUGGGUCUUGGGACGCCCGGUUGGCCAGACUUUUCCUGAUAGAAACGAAUGA